UGUUGGGAAUUUUGGUUUCCACUAUUUGAUGUUAAGCUGGUUACACUCCUCUGUACUAGCACCUGUUUCCUGGGGUGACAGCCAAUCUCUUACUGCUGGUGAUCCUUUCCCACCUCAGAUGACAGGAACCUGCCCUCAGCACGGCUGGGGGGAAGGAUGCGGAUGAGCUCCUGAAAAGCAGUGGCACAAAGCUGCAGGAUUYCCUGAGAAGGUCAGUGGUGGAAGAAAGAUACUCACCAGAAAGGUGCUGGGGACUUCUUCAGUUUGAAAGUGCGAGAGAAGAGCGUUUUCCUUCAUCUUCCUUUCUAAACUUAGAUCUUUUUAUGGAAAAAUGAUGCAGGGAAAUGAYAGAGGAUGAAACCUGUCCCUGUUCUUCCUGUGUGCUUUUAGAUCCCUCAAGUUUGCUUGCCAGACCUGAAAUGCCACUAGAGAAUAAUCAAGUGCUACUUUGGGUCCCGCAGGUCCAUGGGGUGUGGGCCUGUGUGCGCUCCUGCCCUCCCAGCUGCGUGUGCACCCCGGAGCGGAGCUGCUCCGUGCUCUGUGACCGCGCCGGCCUGGGGCAGAUCCCCAGCGAGUUCCCCUGCGAAGCCUCCUCCAUCAACCUGGACAAAAACAGCAUCAAGUUCCUGUCYGAGAGGGCCUUCGGGACGCUGCCUUCCCUCAGGUCCCUGUCUCUCAACCACAACAACAUCUCCUUCAUCACGCCGGGGGCGUUCAAGGGGCUGCCCAGCCUGACRGAGCUGAGGAUGGCCCACAACGAGUACAUCCGCUAUCUCCACACGCGGACCUUCACCGCGCUCCGGCGCCUCGUGAGGCUGGACCUGGCCGACUGCAACCUCUUCAACAUCCCAGACAGGAUCUUCAUCGAGCUGCCUGCUCUGCAGGAGCUAUUCUGCUUCCAGAACAACUUCAGGAGGAUCCCAGGCGCCAUCAGGGGCAUGGAGAACUUGACCCACGUGUAYCUGGAGAGGAACAGGAUCGAAGCGGUGGCCUAUAACUCCCUGCAGGGCCUGACCAAGCUGAAAUACCUGAACCUGCAGGAUAACAAGAUAAACGUCAUCCAUGAGCGAGCUUUUCAGGGCUGYCAGAGGAUGGAGUACCUGUACCUGAAUGACAAUUUGAUCAGCGAGCUUCCAGAAAACUCCUUUGAUGGCUUGAGGCGCCUGAAGAUGCUCAACCUGGGGGGGAAUUWUCUCAGGAACAUUUCCAACACCUGGUUCAGGGACUUGGGGGAGCUGGAGAUCCUUUACCUGGACCGCAACAGGAUCAGCUACAUCGAGGAAGGGGCUUUCGAGAACCUCACCAGCCUGGUGGCGCUGCACCUGAACAGCAACAACCUGACGACGCUGCCCUUCUCCGUGUUCGAGCCCGUGUACUUCCUGGGGCGGCUGUACCUCUUCCGCAACCCCUGGGAGUGCGACUGCCGCAUCGAGUGGCUCAAGGAGUGGAUGGAGAACUACAGGCUCGUCAGGGACAUUCCGUGUGCCUCCCCCUCCUCAGUGGCUGGCAUUGACCUGACGGAUGUGCUCUACGAGAGGUCUCCYGAAGGUUACUGCCUCGACCCCGUGGAGCUGAACAUCACGUCCGAGGGGCCCACCCCGAGCCAGGAGCCUUGGUCAACCACAGAGAGCAAGUUCAACAGCCUUAUCUCCAAACUCUUGCUCCAGAUGGGCCUUCCCGAAGAGGUGGCAAACGCCACUGAGGUGUACAGCAACACCACGCAGCUGGAUGGACAGACUGAAGGGGUUUCUUCAGGCAUGGGGAAAGACAGAACCGAGGCCGGCUCCUCUUCUUUGUAUCUCCCAGCACUUUUUAUAGUGAUUGUUCUGCUGUGCAAAUAGUCCAAGGGCUAUGUGGAGCAGGGGCUCUGCCUAAGCAUUUAGUCCCUGCACAUACUAAGUCAUUAGAGAAAAGUUUUUAUUACGGGCCUCUGAUACAGAAUGGGCUCCAAACCCUUCCAGGUUGUGUUUGUUGGAUCUGGCUCCAGAUUCUCCUGGGAGCUGGUGGGAUCUGGGUCCCACCCUGGGUGAUAAACCUGCCCUGUGGGUGUCUCAGAGCCUCCUGGAUACUCACAGGAAGAUGAGUAGCACUAGGGUUGAAAUUUGCCUAGAGAUGUGUGUUCCCUGCUGGAAACUGUACGAAGAGGGAUCUGUCUCUGUGGUGUUUAUUCCAUUGGCCAGCUCCAGGUGACUUGACUUCAUGAGAGCAAGAGAGGCAGCAAAACCAGACCCUCUUCGUGUCCUGACAGACACUUUGUCCUGACAAACACCAUGGCAGGUGCUGCUGAACAGUGGGAAACUCUUCCUGAUUUCCCCCAGCGGUACAGGAGGGAGCAGUCCUGGGCAGCAUCCAGGGAUGCAGCACUGGGCCUCAUGAAAAAGGGGAAAACAUCWGGGGAGGGCACCUGCCCCAGGCAGGUCUGGGCACAGCCACAGACAGGAUUUUGAUCCUUUCUCCCACCCGUUAUCCUGGCACCGGUGCAGGAGAACCAGAUGGACCCRUGUUUGUCAGAACAUUCUUCUCUGAGGCAAAGCUACUUAAACUGAAAAAACUACUUAUUCACAUAAGUUCAAUGUGUUUAAUUUUUCAAUUAAUAUACUGUUUCAAUGAAUACAUUGUUUUUAUUUUUAGAAUAUUUCCUGGCCUGACAGCAAGGGCAGAGYAUGGUGAUGACAAAUGCAACCAGGCCCUAUGAAAUGUUUUGUAUUUUCACCACAAAUGUGUACCAUGUAGUGUGUCAUACUUUGCCAUACAGAUAAUUUUCUUUUAUAUGGCAUCUUAAGUGUUUUACUUUUGAAAUCUUCAAUGAAAGCUGCUAAUAUGACCAGGAAGAAUGAUGUUUUAUGUGUCAAAGCAUAUUAAUAAAAUAAUUUGAUAUUUUACUCACAAAAAUAAAUUAAUUGCUCAAA